UUAUUUAUUUAUAAUAAUUUUAUAUUAAUUUUGUUAUAUUUUGUUAUAUUUUGUAAUUUUCCAAAUUUUUCAAAAUUUUCACAAUAUCAACGUUAUUCCAUGUUAAUUCCUUAAUUACUGUGUUAUUUUAUUAACUACACUUGAGAAUAUUAAAAGUGUUAAGGCGGAUGUCAGAGUUUGUUCAUGACGAGGAAGGUUACUGCGGCAUUACGUUUGAAGAUUUGGCCGAGUUAUGCCCAAAUCUUCACGGCGCCGACUUGGAUCUUCAUACGACAUCUCAAUCCACAAACAUACCCCCGAGAUACCUCCUUCCUCCUCCCAACUCCACACCCUUCCUCCUGAACUUACACAGAAUUGCUCUCAAAUGUCUUGGAAAUUUUAACCCUAGGGAUAAUUUUAACCCUAGGGAACUUGCUAAUUCUAGGGAUAACUUUAAUCCUAAGGAUAAUUCUAAUUCUAGGGAGAAUUAUAAUCUUCGUGGGCGUCGUCUGUUCUGGUUGCAUUUGCUGGGGGUUCACAGUGGGAGCACGUUUAAAGAGUUUGCUGAUCAAAUAAUUUCGAGUAGAAACGAGUACUGGCAAAAGGUUAAGAAGUUUGACAGGAAAAACUCCAUUCAAAUCCAGCAGUUGGAUCCUCAGAUAUUCCACCCUUUGGCUCCUGCGGAGACUAACCCCUGGUCCUUGAGUCAGAAAUCCAAAGAGCUAAUGGCUGAAAUUUGGCAGGACAUUCAGAGAACUUACCAGGAACGCGCACUGUUUCAGAGGGACUCAGUCAGAAAAUCACUCCAGAGAAUUCUCUUUGUCUGGAGCAUGGAACAUCACUACAUAUCCUACAAACAAGGAAUGAACGAACUUCUCGCCAUCAUCUACAUCACUUGCUACAGAGAUCAGUACAAUCCUCUACACAGUGUGGACACUCUUAAUAGUGUGAAGAAUGUGGAUAGUGUAAAUAGUGUACAUAGUGUGGAAGAGGAGGAGAAUGAGUUGGAGGACCUGUGUAAAAAGGUGUUUAGUGGAGUUGAGGAGGAUGUUGAGUCAGAUUCGUAUGUGUUGUUUAAUGCGUUGAUGUGUAAGGAGUUGCAGAUGUUAUAUGACGCCAACGCCGUGGACUAUUUUUACACUAGCCCGGGUAAACUCAAUCCCCUAAUCAACAGAUGUAAUCAUAUCUACAAUCUGCUCAAGGAGUGUGACAACAAGUUGUAUAUGCACUUGAAGAGUUUGGACCUGGAGCCACAUCUAUUCCUGAUGAGAUGGAUUCGGUUAUUGUUUAGUAGAGAAUUUAACGUUAACGAGACUCUCAAUCUCUGGGACUUUCUUCUCUCAGACUACUAUUUUGAGCGGCUGAAUCGUGAAUCUGCGGGAACUGUCCCAGACAACAAUUGCGUUUUUGAUAUCAUCAACUACUUCUCCGUCACCAUGAUCAUCUUCCUCAAAUCAUACCUGUUGGAGAGUGAUUUGAAUGGAUGUUUGCGGAGGUUGUUUAAGUAUCCGCCAAUUGAGGAUAUCUCACUACUCACCACCAAGGCUCUAAAUCUCAAAUAUCACAACAUUAACACUAUAGACAGUGCCAAAGAUAGUGAUAACACAGUUGGCUUGGGGUUGGAUGAGUUUGUGGAUGUGUACGAGUUUGACCAGGCUGAGGGGUACAGCUCCAGUACCAGUGACGAGUCACCGAAAUCCGUGGUAAUAAAACUCUUAGACGACUCCACGGUCGUUGAGACGCCAAACAGCUCAGAGUCUGAAACCUUCACCUCCAAUCUCACACGCCAACAACUAGGAACACAACUACAUCACAUCGCAACACAAUUACAACGAAUACAAAAAAGAGACUCAUCGGGAGAAGAAAUAAAUAACAUACGAUUACAAUUACUAAAAAUCAUCUCAGACUUUAAUCUCACCAAUUAAUUUAUUUUUACACAUU